UAGUGGUAGAAGGUGAAGUAGAAAAGAUCUUCUCAAGUCUCAAGUCUGUCAGUGGAAGUCUGAAACCCAUCCUUUUUUCUCCUUGGUUUUCCUUUCCCCAUCCACACUGUAGGGUUUUAAUCUUAACCUAAUCUAAUCUGCCCUAAAAUUACCCCCAAUCCUCCAACAAAACCUCAGCUACUCACUGCUAUUUCUUCAAGAACAACUUCAAAUUAUUCAGAUUUCACUUACUACUCUUUGAUUUCUGUUUACAAUUUUACUUUUAGGGUUUGGUGGGGGAGGGGAAUUUGGUGUUUUUCUGUUUUUUUUUUUCUCUUUAUUGGAUUCCGAAAUCCAUAAGUCGGAAACCCUAGUUUUCCUUUUGGAGUUGGAGCUUGAGCUGGAGCUGGAGCUGGAGUUGUAGGAGUAUGAAGACAGAAAGGAGUAGGUAACUAAGGGGAGUUUGGUGGAGAGCUGAGUAGAGGCCAUGGAAGGCUCUAAUUCGGAGCAUGACAUUGUUUUAGCUUGUGUAGUAUCGGGUACCCUUUUUGCCUUUCUCGGUUCUUCAUCGUUCUCCAUUUUAUGGGCCGUCAAUUGGCGCCCUUGGCGUCUUUACAGUUGGAUCUUUGCCAGAAAAUGGCCAGUUAUCUUCCAGGGAUCUCGACUUGGUGUUAUAUGUGCUGCUCUCACCGUCUUUUUUUGGUUCAUUGUUGUAUCUCCUCUAGUAGUACUUGUUGUUUGGGGCGUCUGGUUACUUACUAUUUUGGAGAGACAUAUUAUUGGCCUUGCAGUAAUAAUGGCAGGAACUGCUUUGCUUUUGGCAUUUUAUGCUAUAAUGCUUUGGUGGCGAACUCGGUGGCAAAGCUCAAGGGCUGUCGCUUUUCUGCUUCUCUUUGCAGUUGCAUUACUUUGUGCCUAUGAACUCUGUGCUGUGUAUGUCACAGCAGGUUCUAGUGCAUCGGAACGUUAUGCACCGUCUGGAUUCUUUUUUGGUGUAUCCGCAAUUGCUUUAGCAAUCAAUAUGCUCUUUAUUUGCCGAAUGCUAUUUAAUGGUAAUGGUCUAAAUGUGGAUGAAUAUGUGAGGAAGGCAUAUAAACAUGCUUACUCUGACUGUGUUGAGGUGGGCCCAGUCGCUUGCUUGCCAGAACCACCAGAUCCAAAUGAAUUAUAUCCUCGCCAAUCCAGUAGGGUUUCACAUUUGGGGACCCUUUAUCUUGGGUCACUCUUGGUGCUUCUUGUGUACUCAAUCUUGUAUGGCUUGACAGCAAAGGAGGCACGAUGGUUGGGAGCUAUUACAGCAGCUGCUGUAGUUAUCCUUGAUUGGAAUAUGGGAGCAUGCUUGUUUGGCUUUCAGCUACUGAAAAGUCCUAUUGCGGCAUUGUUUAUUGCUGGGUCAUCUCGUGUAUUUCUUAUUUGCUUUGGCGUACAUUACUGGUAUUUGGGACAUUGUAUAAGUUAUUUGGUCAUGGCAACUGUACUUUUAGGAGCUGCUGUUUGUCGUCGUCUUAUGGUAACAAAUCCAUCUGCUGAAAGAAGAGAUGCUUUACAGAGCACAGUCAUUCGCCUUAGAGAGGGAUUUCGUCGAAAGGAGCUUAAUACUUCAUCGAGUUCUUCUGAAGGAUGUGGUUCAAGUAUGAAGCACAGUAGCAGUGCCGAAGCUGAUCACCUAGGACACGGGGUUGAAGCUAUUGGUAGAAAUUGUGGGCAUUGCACUAAUGACGCUGUUGGCUGGAACAACACUAUUUUGCACCGAACCACAAGUUCUCAUGAAGGCAUAAACAGUGAAAGGAGCCUAGACAGUGGAAGGCCUAGUUUAGUUUUACGUAGUAGUUCAUGUCGCUCUGUUGUUCAAGAUCCUGAUGUUGGUCCCUCCUUUGUUGAGAAGAGCUUUGAACAUAACUCUUUGGUGGGCUACUCUGGUGGUCUUGAAAGUCAAGGCUAUGAUUCAAGCACAUCGAUAUCAGUGAAUGGUCUUCCAGAUCUUAAUUUAGCUCUUGUGUAUCAGGAAAAACUUAAUGAUCCUAGAUUUGCAGCCAUGCUUAAGAAGAGGUCAAAACAAGGUGAUCGUGAACUGACCAAUUUGUUGCAAAAUAAAGGAUUGGAUCCAAAUUUUGCGAUGAUGUUGAAGGAGAAAGGUUUGGAUCCAACAAUACUGGCAUUGCUGCAAAGAAGUAGUUUAGAUGCUGAUCGAGAUCACUGCGACAACACCGAUAUUACCAUCAUUGACUCCAAUAGUAUUGACAAUGCUUUACCGAACCAAAUUUCAUUGUCUGAAGAGCUGAGGCUUCACGGUUUAGAAAAGUGGCUGCAACUUUCAAGAUUGUUAUGGCACUAUGCUGCUGGUACUCCCGAAAGAGCAUUGUUUCUAUUUAGUUUCGUCUUUAUCGUAGAAACAGUGGCUGUUGCCUUUGUUCGUCCGAAAGUGAUUAAAAUUGUGAACACUACCCAUCAGCAGUUUGAGUUUGGAAUCUGUGUGCUGCUUCUGGCACCUGUUAUUUGCUUGAUUAUGGCUUACCUGCGGUCUCUGCAAGCUGAAGAUAUGGCCAUGUCAUCUAAACCCCGAAAGUAUGGUUUCUUCGCAUGGCUGCUGAGCACUUGUGUUGGACUACUGCUUUCAUUUUUGAGCAAAUCAUCUCUGCUUCUUGGGUUGUCUUUGACGGUCCCCCUCAUGGUGGCUUGCCUAUUUAUAGCUGUUCCUUUAUGGAUUCGCAAUGGCUACAAUUUCUGGGUUGUGCAAGACUUUUCAGCUAAUCGAUCUGCAAAUCAUCAAGCCCUUGGAAGGAUGGAGGGCAUUGCUUUUCUCACCUGUGUUGCAGUUUUUGUUGGAUCUGUUAUUUCUCUUGGUGUUAUCGUGUCUUUCAAGCCAUUAGAUGAGUUGUCUUAUAAGUUAUUGAAUGGCGAUGGAAAAAUCUAUGUAUGUCCUUAUGCUUCACCUGUUUAUCUUGGCUGGGCGAUAGCUUCUGCAAUUGCUCUGCUAGUCACGGGUGUGCUGCCGGUGGUAUCUUGGUUUGCAACUUAUCGGUUCUCUAUCUUCUCUGCAGUAUGUUUGGUUUUGUUUGCUGUUGUCCUUGUCGCUUUUUGUGGUGUGUCAUAUGUGGAGAUAACAAAUUCUAGGAUUGAUCGUAUUCCAACAAAUGGCGAUUUUCUUGCUGCUUUGCUUCCCUUGUUGUGCGUCCCAGCAUUUUUAUCCUUGUGUACAGGCCUGCACAAAUGGAAAGAUGAUGAAUGGAGACUAUCUCGCAGUGUCUAUAUUUUUAUCUCCAUUGGUCUUCUUCUGUUGUUAUGUGCUAUAUCAGCUGUUAUAAUUAUUGUGAAACCAUGGACUGUUGGUGUGGCCUUUCUAUUGGUUCUUCUAUUGAUAGUGCUGGCCAUUGGUUCCAUCCAUCUCUGGGCAUCCAAUAAUUUCUACUUGAACCGGGCACAAAUGUUCUUUGUUUGUUUUCUAGCAUUUCUUUUAGCUGUGGCAGCAUUUUUAGUAGGAUGGCGUGAAGCAAAACCCUUUGUUGGAGCAUCUGUUGGCUAUUUUUCUCUUUUGUUCCUUCUUGCGGGUAGAGCAUUGACUGUUCUUCUUUCACCUCCAAUUGUUGUAUAUUCACCAAGGGUGCUUCCUGUAUAUGUGUAUGAUGCUCAUGCAGACUGUGGAAAAAAUGUCAGUGUUGCUUUUCUGAUGCUGUAUGGCAUUGCUUUAGCAACGGAGGGAUGGGGCGUCGUUGCUAGUUUGAAUAUUUAUCCACCAUUCGCCGGUGCUGCUGUCUCAGCAGUGACACUUGUUGUUUCCUUUGGAUUUGCUGUUUCACGCCCCUGUUUAACUCUUGAGAUGAUGGAGGAUGCUGUUCAUUUUCUUGGCAAGGACACUAUUGUUCAGGCAAUCGUACGAUCGGCUACAAAGACCAGAAAUGCGAUUUCAGGGACUUACUCUGCUCCACAAAGGUCUGCUAGCUCAGCUGCUCUCUUAGUUGGUGAUCCUACUGUUAUGCGUGAUAGGGCUGGGAACUUUGUGCUCCCAAGGGCCGAUGUCAUGAAGUUGAGAGAUCGUUUGAGAAAUGAGGAAUUGGCUGUGGGUUCUUUUUUAGGCAGAUUCAAAAGUUGUCUAAGUUUCCAGUGUGAAUCUACUGGUGAUUUGGGACAGAGAGAGUUGUGUGCUCAUGCUCGCAUUUUAGCUUUGGAGGAGGCAAUUGAUACUGAAUGGGUGUGUAUGUGGGAUAAGUUUGGUGGCUAUCUUCUCCUUCUACUUGGACUGACCGCAAAGGCAGAGCGGGUUCAGGAUGAGGUUCGCCUGCGACUCUUCCUUGAUAGUAUUGGAUGCUCAGAUUUGAGUGCCAAAAAAAUAAAGAAAUGGAUGCCUGAGGAUCGACGCCAGUUUGAGCUUAUUCAAGAGAGCUAUCUGAGAGAAAAAGAAAUGGAAGAAGAAAUCUUUUUGCAACGACGUGAAGAAGAGGGGCGUGGCAAAGAGAGGAGGAAGGCCCUUUUGGAGAAGGAGGAGCGCAAAUGGAAGGAGAUAGAGGCUUCUCUUCUGUCAUCUAUCCCUGAUGCUGGAAGCCGAGAUGCUGCUGCAUUGGCUGCUGCUGUGCGAGCUGUUGGUGGUGACUCUGUUCUUGAUAAUUCCUUUGCACGAGAUAGGGUUUCAAAUAUCGCAUAUCGCAUUCGGGCUGCUCAGUUAGCUCGCAGGGCCGUCCAGACUGGAGUCCCUGGAGCAGUUUGUGUUCUUGAUGAUGAACCUAGAGCAAGUGGAAGACACUGUGGACAGGUGGAUCCAAGUGUGUGCCAAAGUCAGAAGGUCACCUUUUCAGUUGUGGUGAUGAUACAGCCAGAUUCUGGGCCAGUCUGCCUUUUAGGUACCGAAUUUCAGAAGAAGCUCUGCUGGGAAUUCCUGGUGGCUGGAUCUGAACAAGGUAUCGAAGCAGGUCAAGUUGGACUUAAAUAUAUUGCAAAAAAUGACAGGCAAACAGCUGUCGCUAAAGAAUGGAGCAUCAGUGGGACAUGUAUUGCAGAUGGAAGGUGGCAUAUGAUAACUAUGACAAUUGAUGCUGACAUUGGUGAAGUAACAUGCUUUGUUGAUGGUGGUUUUGAUGGGUAUCUGAAUGAGUUACCGCUCCAAGUACUGAAUGGUAUUUGGCAGCAAGGAACAGAAGUUUGGAUUGGUGUUAAACCACCUACGGACAUGGACACAUUUGGUAGAUCUGAUAGUGAAGGAGUUGAAUCCAAAAUGCAUGUAAUGGAUGUUUUUCUCUGGGGAAGGUGCUUGAGUGAAGAUGAGGUUGCUUCUCUUCAUGCAAAUGUGGGUUUACCUGACUACAAUAUGGUUGAUCAUCUUGAUGAUAAUUGGCAUUGGGCAGAUUCUCCUUCCAGGGUUGAUGAGUGGGAUAGUGAUCCUGCAGAUGUUGAUCUCUAUGACAGGGAUGAUGUAGAGUUUGAUGGACAAUAUUCUAGUGGGAGAAAAAGGAGAUCUGGACGUGAGAGUGUGAUGCUUGAUGUGGAUUCUUUUUCUAGAAAAUUUAGGAGACCGAAGAUGGAAACUGAGGAGGAGCUUAAUCGGCGGAUGUUAUCUGUGGAAAUGGCUGUUAAAGAGGCUAUUGCUUCCAGAGGAGAAAAACAUUUUACUGAUGAAGAAUUCCCCCCUAACAACCAAUCAUUGUUUGUGGACGCAGAUAACCCCCCUGUGAAGCUGCAGGUUGUUUCUGAAUGGAUGAGGCCGAAGGAAAUUGUGAAGGAAAGUCGAGUAGAUUCUCCUCCAUGCUUAUUUUCUGGUCUGGCCAAUCCUUCUGAUGUUUGCCAGGGGCACUUGGGUGAUUGUUGGUUUUUAAGUGCUGUUGCUGUUCUAGCUGAGGUCUCUCGGAUAUCGGAAGUGAUCAUCACUCCAGAAUAUAAUGAGGAAGGAAUAUACACUGUUCGUUUUUGUAUUCAGGGUGAAUGGGUUCCUGUUGUUGUUGAUGAUUGGAUUCCUUGUGAAGCACCUGGAAAGCCAGCAUUUGCUACAAGUCGUAAGGGAAAUGAAUUGUGGGUAUCCAUAUUGGAGAAGGCCUAUGCCAAGCUGCAUGGUUCCUAUGAGGCAUUAGAAGGUGGACUUGUGCAGGAUGCUUUGGUAGACCUCACUGGGGGGGCUGGUGAAGAGAUUGACAUGAGAAGUGCACAAGCACAGAUUGAUCUUGCAAGUGGGAGAUUGUGGUCUCAAUUACUGCGCUUUAAACAGGAAGGUUUUUUACUAGGCGCUGGCAGUCCAUCUGGUACCGAUGUACAUGUUUCUUCUAGUGGCAUCGUGCAGGGUCAUGCUUACUCAAUAUUGCAGGUUAGAGAGGUAGAUAGUCAUAAACUUGUUCAGAUCCGCAAUCCAUGGGCAAAUGAGGUUGAAUGGAGUGGACCAUGGUCAGAUUCGUCGCCUGAGUGGACAGAUAGAAUGAAGCAUAAGCUCAAGCAUGUUCCGCAGUCAAAAGAAGGUAUAUUCUGGAUGUCUUGGCAAGAGUUUCAGAUCCAUUUUCGGUCUAUAUAUGUAUGCCGUGUGUACCCACCAGAGAUGCGGUAUUCCGUCCAUGGUCAAUGGCGGGGGUAUAGUGCAGGUGGUUGUCAAGAUUAUGAUACUUGGAAUCAAAAUCCUCAGUUUCGCUUAAGAGCAGCUGGAACAGAUGCAUCAGUUCCAAUACACGUCUUUAUUACCCUAACUCAGGGUGUAAGUUUCUCUCGUACUGCUGCUGGUUUCAGAAAUUAUCAAUCUAGUCAUAAUUCAACAAUGUUCUAUAUUGGAAUGAGAAUACUCAAAACUCGUGGCCGACGAGCUGCUUAUAAUAUUUACUUGCAUGAAUCCGUUGGUGGGACUGAUUACGUUAAUUCCCGUGAGAUAUCCUGCGAAAUGGUAUUGGAUCCAGAUCCUAGAGGCUAUACUAUCGUACCUACAACCAUUGCGCCCGGAGAAGAAGCACCAUUUGUUCUCUCUGUUUUUACAAAAGCAUCAAUAACACUGGAACCCUUAUGAUACAAUGUCUUGUCGGAUGGUUUUAUACUGGCAUGUUAACAUGCAUUUUUGGCUGCCUCCGAGUACCCAACUGAAUUGUGACGAAGCCUGAAGGUGUCUCUGGCUCGUGCAGGCUGUUCAAUUAAAUUGCGGAGCAGUGUGGAGAAACAAGUUUCAAGGAUCAGCUGUUGGCCAUAGCAUCAUCAUGAAAAUCGAUUUUUACCAGCUAGCUGUCUGAAGUGGAUGAGGUAAACGAUCAGCGACUCCAGUAUGUGGCUUCCUCAUGUUGACAAGAAAGCUAGCACAUGGCGCAUUCUCGGAGGAUUGUUAUGUACAUGAGUUCUUGUAAAUGAAGCGAGGUUAAAGGGUAAAUAGAUAGGCAAGAGAAAUUGUAAGUAGAUGUAGUUUGUUAAAAGUAUCAUGAAAUCGUUGUUCGCUUUACAGCUUUAGAAAGCUCCUAGACCUGCUGGCUGCUCAAAUCAUUGUUUAUAUAGUCCAUAGUCAGCUGUAGAUGCCUUUAUUCAUUGUCCAUAGCCAAUUUUGUACAAAUUUCAUCUUCUUAUCCUUAAUAUAAAUGAAAUUUGAUGUGUAUUACUUUUGUAAA